AUGGGCCAACCAAACGGCAAGGAGGCCAAGAUGGUGAAGCGGGGCGGCAGAGCUGACAACGCGCCUGUUGUGGGCUACGGCCGCCCCAGCAACUCCACGGGCGGCCAACCCGUCGGAUUGCGCACGGGAGCCAUGCGGGAGAAUAUUCUGCAGCAACCCGCGCAUCACCGCGACCCCACGACGGAGGUCACCCUCUCCCCCGCCGGCGGCGGAGGGACCAAGCGCAAUAGCACCGUCCACACGGGGGAGUCUCUCCUGAAGCCGAAGAAGUACCCCAUCGUUCUGCGCUACGCCGACAAGGACGCCAAGCGGCUGCUGCUCAACAAGCAGAAGAUGUACGUUUCGAUAGAGGCGCUAGAGUGGCGCCCGGUGCUGAUGUCUCCCAGCGAGGACUCCUUCUACGCCAUCGUUGAGCUCUCGCCCGGCAGCCACCGCUACCGCUUCCUCGUCGACGAUGAGGAGGUGGUCGACAGCACCCAGCCCAUUGCGGACCCGCCGCACGACGGCGCCAGGGAUGACCCGGCAAAUCUUCUGCGGCUUAACGAGGUUCUCUUGACCACCAAGGAGGACAAGGAAAUUAUGGACGACGGGGAAGGCUGGGGGCAGAACCACGAGAUCUUCGAGGAGACGCGGAAGUACCCGCCCAUCGUGCCGGUGCACUUACGCUACACGCCACUCAACACCCCGCCCACCGCCGUGCGCUGCACCCGCGACGGUGUCAUGUCGUCGGCGGGCGAAGUCAUGCCGCCGGAGCACCUCCCGCUGCCGUUGAACGUGACGAUUAACCACGUCUACUUCCAGCGCCGCGAGGACCACUCCGUCAUGGGGCUGACGACGCGCUACUGCAACAAGUACACCACCGUCGUGUACUACUCAAAGCUUGGGGCACAGGGCGGCUGA